CCGUUCGCGCACGCGCACAACCACGGGGCCGCGUAACUCCGAUCUGGUCGAAAACGCCUUGCAGGAGGUUGAGCCGCUUGCACAAUGUCGGAAAUGAACGAGCUGUCCGAGCUGUAUGAGGAGAGCAACGACCUGCAGAUGGAUGUGAUGCCAGGCGAGAGUGACCUUCCGCAGAUGGAGGUAGGCAGCGGGAGCCGGGAGCCAUCCCCGAACCCCUCCCGCAACGGGGCCGCGCCACAGCUCGAGGAAGAAGGCCCGAUGGAGGAGGAGGCGGCCCAGCCAAUGGCGGAGCCAAAGGGGGAACGAAGCCUUGCUAAUCGCCCCAACCCCGGGGAACAGCCAGGCCAGAUCGCAGGCCCUGACUUCGAGAGCGAGGACGAGGGCGAGGAAUUUGAUGACUGGGAGGAUGAGUACGACUAUCCGGAAGAGGAGCAACUGAGUGGUGCAGGCUACAGAGUCUCCGCAGCCCUGGAAGAAGCCAACAAGAUGUUUCUGAGAACCUCCAGAGCAAGAGAAGCAGCCCUGGAUGGCGGUUUUCAGAUGCAUUACGAGAAGACCCCGUUUGAUCAGUUGGCUUUUAUUGAAGAGCUUUUUUCACUCAUGGUUGUCAAUCGUCUGACCGAAGAACUCGGCUGUGAUGAGAUUAUUGACAGAGAGUAGUUACAUGCAGGUAGCAGAGGAGGAAACUACUUGAGGAGAGACCCAACAUUCCACUGUCUCUCGGGUUUAUUCCAAAUAGUUCCGUGCCAAUGAAGAACUGGAUGUUCACCAGAAAAUGGUUUUUUGUCUGUUUGUUUUGCAGAAUAGAAUAGGGCUGUGACUGCACCGUUGUGAAAAAGAAAACAAAGAAGAAGGAUCUGAGGACUGACGAAACCUGUUUUCAAGAAUGUCCUGCAACACGUAUGGCUUUGACUUUGUUAUUAAUCCAGAUUAUUUUCUUUGCAUUGGGGGAAGUGACUUUUCCUGUUUCACUUUACGGGAUGGUUUUGCAAGAAUAAAUCAUGACCAAGACAAACUGCCAGUACAAGAGCCCACUGAUACUAAUUAGGAAAGAAUAAGUAACUUCCAACUUAGGAAAUGAGAUGUCUUUGAGUUAUUUGGACUGAAAACCUGAUAAGAAAACUUUGAAGAUUCCACUUUGUGAUCUAGCAAGGCUAAAUUUUUAUAGGGUCUGAUAAGUUGAAUAUUCUUAGUAUUCCCAGAAGGAUAAGCAAACCCAAAAAGAAAUAUGUAUCAUGUGUGCUGUAUCUUAAAAUGUUUCCAAGAACAUCUGAAAUUUUGUACAUGUAUCUUGAUCAUUUAUAAAGCUACUGUGAGCCGUAAUUCAAGAAAAUUCAUUGUCUUGACCAUUUUUAAAAGUCAAAAAUGAGAAAGUCCUUAGUAAAUUUUCAAAUUUAGACAUUAAAAUGUAUGUGAAAGAACAAAGAAAAACUACUUCUAACAUUGUUAUAUACUAGAGAAAUUUUCUGUUUUACUUGCUCUCUGGUUUCAUUUAACUUUACAGGCAAAAGACUGGUUGAACUUUUUAACAAGAACUGUUAAGUGAAAAUUGUCAAGUAAAAGGAAAGCCCUACAUUUAAAAAAGACUGAACAAUUAUGCCAUCAACUUUUAAAGGUUUUUAAACCUGUCCAGAAAUCCACCUGAAGUUUCUGAAGUUUCCCUCUGUCUCCUCCUCUAAUGAAGCUUGUUAUUGGUUAUGCACCAGCAUUCGAGAUAAUAAAAUUUCUUGUUCUGUGUA